AUGACCCGAAGUCUGCUGCAAUUGCGUAAUCGUCUGCACUUGGAGCAGCUCGGUGGAGCCAGCUAUUACGGUCGAGUUGUGGGACCACUUCGGCGAGUUUCAAGCAGAGCUGCAUUAGGGGCGAAGGCUGUGAUGCCUUCGAGAAGGAAGGACUGCGCACCACCUGGCGGUAACAUCCCAUGGAGCUCAGUGUCAAUUACUCGCCACACUCACGUACUUCGCCGUCCAACCGCAGCAAUCCUAGAUUCUACUACGCCACGUUGUUUAUAA